GCCAUCGAAAAUCUCGUCGAUCGCACGCGCGCAACUGAAUCAAAACAUUGGAAGCCAUUCAUUGGAAUUUUCCCGCGACUUGGGGAUUGGAUUUGGUAUUAUAUCUCAUCAUUCGAUAACCUUUCAGCUAAUAUCAACAAUUGUUGUGAGCUCCUUUUUGCGUUUCUCGUCGGUAUUCCUCCAUUACAUAUCACUUCAGUAUUUUCCUGCGGAGCAAGCACCAUUUAAAGCAACUUCUCUGGCUUCAAGAAUCGUGAGCUUUCCAGACGCAUCCAUCUCUUCAUGAUUGUGUGUCAUCAGAGCAUUUCUCCUGCAUAUUGUGGAAGCGUUGUGGGUGUGAUUCUUGAGUUUCCGUGGCAACCCCUCGUCCCAUGUCCCUCAGAGAGCACAACUUCCCUGCAAAGGGAGUCAAGAGAAGAAGAGAACCUCAUCCCAGAUGGACAUUAAAUCCUAUAUGAAAACAUCCAUCACUCGCAUCUCAACAUCCAUCUCUAUCCUACAAUCUCAAUCGCGUAUCAUCUACGAUACAUCCUAGUUUAUCCUCCAGCGCACUUAAGGUCUCAUCUUGCCACAGGUGAGGUGAGUUCUGUCGGUCGUUGACUCACCAGGGCAAGGAAUAGUUUCCUUUGGUCAGAAGCCAUCAUCACGGCAUCGCCACCCGUUCCCACCCAUCGCUGCUCCUCGGUGCCCAUCAUCGGCAGCCUACUGUCCUCCUGGUGGUGGGGAGCUGAGCGGGAUUGCAUGUGUGGCUCUGUGGGGGCGCUAGACUGCACAAAGCUCCUCGGACACAGUACCUCUAAGACAGGCAAGAUGGUGAAGACAUUCCAGGCCUACCUGCCCAACUGCCAUCGCAGGUAUAGCUGUAUCCACUGCAGGGCUCACUUGGCUAACCAUGAUGACUUAAUAUCAAAGUCAUUUCAGGGUAGCCAAGGCAGGGCAUAUCUCUUCAAUUCUGUGGUGAACGUUGGUUGCGGACCUGCAGAAGAGAGGGUCCUUCUCACUGGUCUCCAUGCCGUCUCAGAUAUCUACUGUGAGUGCUGCAAAACCACUCUAGGAUGGAAAUAUGAGCACGCAUUUGAGAACAGCCAGAAGUACAAGGAAGGGAAGUAUAUCAUUGAGCUUGCCCACAUGAUAAAAGACAACGGAUGGGACUGCGACUGAAAUAAACAAACAAACAAACAAACAAACACAGAUAUGUAUCAUACCGCCUGGCCUUGUUGUUUAUCAGUCAACAGCACUUCUACUUGAAUCUGCUUUCUCAGCCUACCCAGCCCCGCCACCCCCUACCCUGACCAGUGUUUCAACAAAUUGAUAUCUUCAAGAUGACGGUGAUUGCAAAUUACUUUUGUCUACACUUCAACAUUGGCAGUGUAUCCUUGAUUCUUUUUCCUCAAGCACUGCUAAUGAUGGCGCCGGCCUUUUUCGGUAUGUCCAUGUAUUUUUCUCCAUUAUAAUACAUCAUUCUUUAUGAAGUAUGUGAUAUGAUGAGGAAGGAACCAACAAAAGCAAAUGCUUGCAACAUAUCUGCAUUUACCAUAUAUCACUCUCAACCAUCUGCAAUAUGCAGAAAAGCUCAGCUGAUGACAUCAUCAAUGACAUCAUCGCUUCAGCUUCAUUUGGACCAAGUUCGCAAGAAUCAUUUUGUAAAUGAAUAUCAGAUUAACAACAUGGUCAUAUUAGCUUAUUGUGUGUGA